GUUGAACAGCUCAAAGAGGAGAUCUGUGAGUAUCAGAAGAGUGACAAGCAAGGACUUCCAUUGCCUGCACCAACCGAGACUGAAGAAGUCGCAGCGUCCUCACUGCAGGGCACAAAGGAUGAAGGGAGGACUAAAGGAGACUGUGUUUCAGGCAAAGCCGGCUCAGAUCAAGACGACAGAUAUCAGGGAAGUGAAACACUUCAUAAAAGGUGCCGAGAGGUGAUUGAAAACAUCGAGGGCAGGAAUUCCCAGCUCCUUCACAAGCUGCAAAAACUGGAGCAGGAGCACGAGGACUUGGUUGAGCGCAAUGAAGAGCUGGAAUCAAUUCUGGGAGAGACACAGAUCCAAACCAAACAGGAAAAGGAACAGUUUGAGAGUGAGGUGGAGGGACUUCACCGGAAAAUCACAAGUUUAGAAACAGAGUUGCUUGAAGUGCAGAAGAACAAAACUGAGAUGAGUGGGGAAGAGCAGCCAUCGUUUGGAGCACAAGAGAUGCAAGAGAUGCUAGAAAGCUGUCAGGAAACAAUAGAAAAGUUGGGAAGUCAGCUGGGAGAGCGGAGAGAACGGAGGAAGCAACUUGCAUCUGAGCUUGAACUGUUACGAGAAGAUCUGAAGGCUGAGAAGGUGGGGUUUCCUGACUCAAAAUCAGAGUUUACAAAUCAUUGUAAUAACUUCCCGAGCCUCCAAAGAACAUCAGCGAGCAGGGAUCGCAUUAACGUAUCCGAUGAGAAGCUACAGAAGGAUAAUGCUUUGUUAGAUACAGAGGUCUCUGAACUCCUACAAGAAAGAGAACAGAUUAACAAACUCGUGCAGAAACAUGAAGAUCUAUGUACAGAUGAAAAAACACAUGAAGAACAGAUGGCUAAAGUACUAUUUUUGGAAGAACAGAUCAAAAACUUGAGGAAUGAACAAGAACUGCUCUGUACUGAAUUACUAGAAAGCAACAAGAAGAGGGAGGAGCUAGAAAAGCAGCUAAAAGAGAGCAAUGAAGAAAAAUGGUUGUUACUGGAAGAAAUUGCCCAGCUAAAACAAGAUAUCCUGACUACCCGGGAGCAGGGCGACAGCACGCUUGACAAGACUUGGAGGAUGAAUCAAGGCGUGGCACAUAGAGAGAACAGGUUUCUUGUGUGGCAGAGCUCUGCAGGCAGUUUAGAUGGGAGCCUUAAACAGCAUCUGUCUGACGAGAGAUUCCAGCAGCAGGAGGAAAAAACGGAGCGACUGCAGCAGGACCUGCGUCGUGUUCAGAACUUGUGCAGCUCAGCCGAGAAGGAGCUGAGAUACGAAAGGCAGAAGAACGUCGAUUUACAAAAGCAAAACCUCUUG